AUUUUGUAUAUUAAAUAUGCGCAUAAUUUGAUUCAUUGAUGGUUAAAUUUAUAAGUUUGACUUUUCCAACCGUUAAUAUGUCCUAUGUUUUAAAAUGUAGGGAGUAUUAGACUACUAUCUACACACACUCGUAACUGAUUGUCACACUAUCAUUUUCACACUCCUCUUGGCAUUGCACAGUUGCUUGCUUACCAUUUCCAAACAGUUUCAUACAUGCAUGCCAUGCGUAGCCUUGUCAUGCCGAUGCUGCUGAUACAGCUCGCCGCAGCUGCUGCCACGCCAUUGGCGGCGAAUAUCACCCUGGAUGGCUGCGAGAGAAAGUGCGGCGAAGUGGAUGUUCCCUACCCGUUUGGCACCAGCUAUGGCUGCCACCGGCGAGGCUUCAAGGUCAUCUGCGACCGCGCGUACAGCCCUCCCAAGCUCUUCCUUGGGGGUGAUGGCGCAGGCUUGGAGGUGCUGGGGAUCUCUGUCCAGAACAGAACGGUGCGCGUCCGGGCCACGAUCUGGUCCUUCGCUGCCGACAACACGAGCGACGUGGUGGUCAAGAUCAUCCCUGCAAACCUCGAGCCGUAUGUGCUCUCCACUGAUCGGAACAGCCUAGUCAUCGUCGGCUGCGGAUUCCGGGCCUCUGCUCGGACGACGGUGUCGUCGCUGCAACUGCAAGGGGACGCUGUGAUUGCAUCGUGCGCGCCAUCCUGUACCGUCAACAAUCAGCAGAAGCACCAGCAGCCCAACCUGUGUGAAGGCAAUGGCUGCUGCGAGGCGGCCAUACCAACAGGCCUAUCGUCCUUGAGUAUCCACUUCUCAUGGCUGGACACGAACGCCGCCACAGUUCGGGCGCCAUGGAUGACACCCAAUGUGAGCGUGCUCGCAGUGGAGCAGGAGUGGUGGCGCGAAACGCCAGACAUCGCGUUCAAGAUAUGGCUUCUCUCCUCAGGGCACGUGACUGGGCUGGUGAUCCCUGUCGUUCUGGACUGGACAGUAGGCCAGUCGUCAUGCACGGCGGCAGAGACGCUCCCUGAGUUUGGCUGUGUCAGCAAAAACAGCGAGUGCCUCAACUCCACAAGCAGCGCCUAUGGCUACGUCUGCCGGUGCAACGAUGGCUACGACGGCAACCCGUAUGUGCCGGAUGGGUGCCAGGGCUCUCGUCGAAAUCAUCUUACAGCUGGACCAUAUGUUUCUGCAGGCGUACUUGUUUCAAUUGGAAUUGGCAUUGGUUUGUUCUUCCUCCUUCUGGGUCUUGCUGCCACCUUUGGCACUAGAAGACUCAAUAUUCGUAAAGCAAAGAAAAUGAGAGAGUAUUUCUUUAAGCAAAACCACGGGUUGUUGCUGAGACAACUAGUAGAUAAAGAUAUUGCCAAAAGGAUGAUUUUCAGUUUGGAAGAGCUCGAGGAGGCAACGAAUAAAUUUGAUGAAGCUCGAGUUCUAGGUGAUGGAGGGCAUGGCACUGUCUACAAAGGCAUAUUGUCGAAUCAGCGUGUUGUUGCCAUUAAGAACCCUAAAAAACCACUGGUAUGGAAAAAUCGAUUGCGGAUUGCCUUUGAAGUUGCUAGUUCUCUGGCCUAUCUCCAUUCAGCUGCUACCACUUCUGUGGUUCAUAGGGACAUCAAGACAACUAACAUAUUACUUGAUGAUCAACUGGUAGCAAAUAUUUCGGACUUUGGUGCCUCCAGAGGCAUCUCUAUCGACCAAGCAGUAGUGACAACUGGUAUAAAAGGAACACAUGGAUAUUUGGAUCCUGAAUAUUUCUACACAGGACGUCUGACGGAGAAAAGUGAUGUCUACAGCUACGGCGUCAUCCUUGUGGAACUACUAACAAGAAAGAAGCCAAGUGUGUACAUAUCACCUGAAGGUCUCAGUCUAGUGGCACACUUCAUCAUGCUUUUAAAUCAAGAUAAGCUCAGUGAGAUACUAGAUGAGCAGGUCGCCGAAGAAGGAGAAGAUGAGGCCAAACAAGUGGCCGCAAUAGCAGCAAAGUGCUUAAGGUUGAAGGGACAGAACAGGCCGACAAUGCGGAAUGUGGAGAUGAGACUUCAACGACUUCAAGGUUCAGAUAUUGAUAUUUCUGGGGUGGAAGAACACCUGGCUGAACUGGGCGGCCCAGCAUACGUAGGAGGCAAUGGUGAAGCCGGUUACAACUACAGCAGUAGGCAAUACAGCAUGGAGGAGGAGAUCCUGCUGUCAGCGAGCCUAGAGCGAUGA